CAACAAAUGAACGUUAUUCUAUCCUGACUGGAUAGAACACACAAAAGGAGGAGCAAAUCAAUAUGGCUACCGCCAAGAACAAGCGUCAAGUAAAACAACACAGAUGCAGUUCGGGAAGAAACACAAACUUAGUGAAUGCGUAGGAAAAACAAAAACUAUAAUAAAAAAUACAAGUAUUAACAAUUCAAAUGUAAUCAAAAGACAACAAUGUACAACGAAGGGGAUCAAUAGGAACAAAGUGCAAGUAUAUACAUGGAGGGAUUUUCACAAACACACAAGACAUUCAAAAUGGAUCUUGCACUUUGAAAGUUUCGAAAUCUUGGCUAUGACCAAGGAAGAUGAUGGGAUGUUAAUAUUGUAGCACAUUUCCUCACAUUCAUCGGAAUAAUAAGCAUAUAGCUUAUUAAAAACCCUGGCCUUACCGGAUUAUCCCAUUUCGCUUUCUUAUACAACUCUCAAGGAGCUACUACUCGGCUAUGUCAAGUAUGCAAAUUUUGAAUGCGGUAAAGGAGGAAGAUCUUGUAAAAUGAUUCAUGAAGAUAUAAAACAUUCCACUACAUUCCUACGUCAUCCCAAUUCAGUGCAUACUGAAGGUUAUGCAGAUAAUUCAUUAAGGAGUUGCGAUGCAGUUCAUGAAAAUGGCCACAAGUUUGCUCAAUAUUUGUCCUGUGGCAAGUUCCACUCUUUUAAUUCAUGUAAAUUUCGUAAUUCUGAGUGCUUUAAAUGUGAUGAUAUUGGACAUAUUCAGUCAGUUUGUAAUACUACUUUACAUCUUGCUACAACUAAUAUUAAGUCUUGUAAUUCUGAUUCUAUUAAGUCCAGUGUUCCUAAUGAUCAUUUAUCCUUAUCAACGAUUUCAAAAGACAGUGUAGAGUCAUAUAGCAGUUCAGAGUUAAAUGAAACUCAGAAUCCAUGCGAGACAACAGUUUCUAAUCAAUCGACUUGUCAGAUUUCUCAUGUUAUUGUUCCAGAUAUUGUUUUUCCUAAUGAUUCACUUAUCUGUGACAAAAUUCCAUGCAAAUCUGAUGAAAAUAUGCUGAAUGAACUUAGUGAUGAUCGAAAACCUGAUGUAGUUUUGAUAGAUGCUGAUUUUUCUAAUGAUCCUUUACUCCGCAAUGACAUUCUUAAUAAAUUUGAGGAAAUUAUUUCAGAAGAAUCAAAUCUUGAUGUUCUAUCAAAUAUUAUUUGUCCUCGUAAUGCAUUUGUUUCUUGUGGAAAACUUGUUCAAUGCGAAGUACGAGUACUAAAUGAUCUCGAUUUUGACUGCACUUCGGAUGAUUUCAUAUCAACUGCUGUUCAUCCUUAUCACAAAUUAACUUCCAAUGUAUACUCUAAACAAUGUGAGAAAUAUGUUUUAAAUGAAGCCACAUCAUCUAUAAAUUGGGGAUAUAAAGAUCCAACAUUAUUUCAUGAGGGAGGAUAGUGUUGAAAAAUCUAUGGUUCGAAUUCUAGAUAUUAAUGAUUUCAGUACAAAACCGACAUGCUGAUUGUAUACAAUUACAGGUGAGUCCGUUCCGAUUUCAGUUGUUAAUUCUAAUACUAAUGAGUGUAUUCUAGAUAAUACAGAGUUCUGAACCAAUACAAUUUCGGACAGACUCAGGAUGAACUUAAGGAGAAGAUGUACAACCGAUUACAGACACUUAUGCUCCUAUUUAAGCUGUGGCGGUUGUAGUGUUUGAAUGAACUAAUGAUACCUUUGUACUUAUGGAUUGCUCGAUUUCGAAUUCGAAAUACAAUACAUUCG